CAGAACCUCAGCUGGGGGUGUUAGAGAGACAGGCUCAGAUAUGAAUGGAGCCAGCUGAGGAGGCCCAUAGUGGACAGCAGUGGGUGGAGGGUGAUGGUCAAAUUUCUGUGGAGAUGUCCUGCCAGCAGAACCAGCAGCAGUGCCAGGCCCCUCCCAAAUGCCCCUCCCCCAAGUGCCUCCCAAAGAGCCCAGCACAGUGCUCAUCCCCUGCCCCCUCUGGCUGUGCUCUCAGCUCUGGGGGUGGCUGUGGGCCCAGCUCUGAGGGUGGCUGCUGCCUGAGCCACCACAGGCACCACCGCAGGUCCCACCGAUGCCGGCUCCAGAGCUCCGACUCCUGUGACAAUGGGGGCUCUGGCUGUGGCCACAGCUCUGGGGACUGCUGAUGACCUGGACUCUGAUGCUCAGACAAGUGAUUUCAGAGGAAACAAGAAUCUAAAAGGCCAAGGAAAAGCCCCAGCCAGACACAGCCUUUCCUAGACAAUCCAUUUUAAUCCUCCAGGCUGAGCUGCAAAGUUCCAGGGAUAGUUAUUCCCAUUCUCUCCAGACGACCUUCCAGUCUGCUGUCCAAGUUCUCACAUUCCCUGGUCCCCUGCACCUGACAAUGAUUGGCAGUGUCUGUGCCUGACAACCCUGUGAAAAAAUAAAGCUUUCUUCCUCAUUA